AUAAAAUGAACGCGUACACGGGCUACACGGCGAUAUACUACAAUUUUAAUCCAAAAAUUGUUUAAUACUAAUUUAAGCAUUGCAGGCUACAAAUGGAAGUAUAAUUAAACUGCGCACAAUAGUGUAAUUUGAAACAAAAUGUCUUUGUAUGACGAUGUUGACACUAUCAAAGCCAGAACCACUGAAAAAGUCGCUGGCUGGUCUUCAGGUAUAAAGUUAUUACAGUCACAGUUACAACUGAAAAAGGCUGCUGUAACACAACCAAAGCGCGACGCAUUACGGCGAUCUACACAGCUGACACCUGUAAUUGAUCUUAAAAGUAAGCAAAAAGAUGAAGAUGAGCCAAAUUCUGACAGCCCAAGUCUGCAAGUAAACACUCUGACAGCAACAUUGAAUGUACAGGAUUUUGACUGGAAUGUAGCUAACGAAUAUGAUCCCAUGUGGCCUAAUGAUUAUGAAAAAGUAGCCAAAGAAUUACAAGCCAAAAGAUUGCAGCUGGAUGGUGGUGACAGAGCCGAUAGAUCUGACAGAAAACGUAAAAGCCGAUUUGGAGAUGAGGAUGACAUAAUUCCUGAAAAGACACUUAUACCUAUGCAACCUGAAGAGGAAGAGGCCGAGGAGAUAUCAAAGCGCGCGGCGGGCGCCGCUAUAGCGCCGCCGCCGUCGCUCACGGCCGAGACGCCGUCGCCGCCCCCCGCCGCGCCGCAGCCCCCGCCCCAGCCCGGCUUCUCGCUCGGCGGCUACGGCGCCAGCUCCAUUGCGGCUAAGAUUAUGGCUAAAUAUGGCUUUAAGGAGGGGCAAGGGCUUGGCAAGAAGGAACAAGGAAUGUCCGUAGCCCUGCAAGUCGAGAAGACAUCCAAGAGAGGAGGUCGUAUCAUCCACGAAAAAGAUGGCGGCCCCGUUAUGCCGCCGCCGGCGUUCGCCGUGCCCGCGUUGCCCGGAUCAGAUUCUCCAGGCACUGCAUCUAACUCACCACAAAUGUCGAGACAGGAACCCUCCAUCACGGAGAUUAUGAAAUCGCCCAGCAAAGUUGUACUGCUCAGAAACAUGGUUGGGCCAGGCGACGUGGACGAAGAGCUGGAGCCGGAGGUGAAAGACGAGUGCAACACCAAAUACGGUGACGUCAUCAAAGUGCUCAUCUUCGAGCUGCCGAACGCGCCCGCCGACGAGGCCGUGCGGAUAUUCGUCGAGUUCAAACGAAUUGAAAGCGCUAUCAAGGCUGUUGUUGACCUGAAUGGCAGAUUCUUUGGCGGAAGACAAGUGAAAGCUGGUUUUUAUGACGUGGAAAAGUUCAACUCUUUACAGUUGACUGAGUAAUGUGACUCAUAGUUUUAUCUAUAUUAUUAUAUCAAAUGAUACAAAUA